GGAAGUCGGAAAGAGGGAAGCAGCAACCGGUGGGGGGUUGCUUCCCGCUAAGGGUGGUUGUUGCAGUUGUUUGCCAAUUGCCAGUUGGUUGGCAGACUUGUCGCGGAGACGGGGACGGGACAGGGCGUCGGAGGGCUGUGGGCGCGUACGUCGCGUCGUCUGCUCUGGCUUGAGGCGGACAGCCUCUCGCCUUAGCAAAAGUUCCACUUAAAUGGUUAUUAAAGAUUUUGUCGACUAGUUUUCUGUUAACUAGUGUGUGCGCUUGCAUUCAAAAUCUGACCUCGUCGGGAGAGUUAAGGUUGGGUUUCAUGAGCCUCCGGCCUUGGACACCCUUUCAUUUCCACACAAUGAAGACGAUGGCAGGUUCUGGGUAUGGCUGUCCAUUCAGAAAAAUAUAUUCGUACGGCUAAUGGUAUUCUAUGACUAAGAUGACACAUAGUUAUACAUCAACAAAACCAUCAUCAAACUGUGAAGAUUCUUGUCAACUGUCAACUAGUUCAAUGGAUUGGUUUCUUAGAAGAAUGCGUUGUGUGAAAUGGCGAAAUUCUCCUGCUGUUUGCAAUCAAGCAUACGUCCCCACAACUGCUGAACACAUUGCUAACAUCAUUACUCAUGGGAUAUUGAUCAUUCCUAGUACCUGGGCAUCAUAUGAUUUGAUGGAACGCUCUCAUACUGGAGCUCAGUAUGUAUCAGCUCUAGUUUAUGGGUCAUCUCUUGUUCUUCUAUUCUUCAUGUCCACAUCCUUCCACACUGUUCAUUUCUGUGGUCUGAGCAAAAAACUAAAGGAUCUUCUGCAUCGAACUGACCGUGCAAUGAUCUAUGUCUUCAUUGCUGCUUCAUACUUUCCCUGGCUGAUGCUGGGCCCAGUUGGUGCUGAUGGGCUAGGCUCUCAACUUUGGUGGUUGAUCUGGGUCCUUGCAUUUUGUGGUAUACUUUAUCAACAAUUGUUUCAUGAAAGAUAUAAGACACUUGAAACAAUAUUCUACUGUUUUAUGGCCAUAGUUCCUGCUUUAACAAUAAUGCCAGAGGAUGAUUUCCAUGGUUUGACAGAGCUGAAAUUUGGGGGUCUUAUAUACUUAAUUGGUGUUUCUUUUUUCAAAUGUGAUGGCCGUAUACCAUGUGCUCAUGCUAUUUGGCAUUUAAUGGUUGCAUUGGCAGCUGCUACACAUUACAACGCCAUUCAGAAAUAUCUAUAUCCGUAGUAGCACUUUGGUGAUUCUCAAAUACUCUUGCUUCAAAUACUAAUCAAUUGCCAAAUUGUAUUACAGUUUGUUUGAACUUUGGACAAGUUAAAUAUUCCUCCUUGUUUUGUUCACCUGUGUUGAAAUGAAAAACCAAUUGUUGCUCAGGUUGUGAAAUUUAUAAUCAUUCUGUGAUUGUAAUGUGGAUGAAUUUUAGCGUGCCAAGAUUUGGUGGUUUUCUUAGAUCUGCCAACCUGUAACUUUUCUUUUCAAGUUACUGUAUCAUGCUAAGUAUGACAACAAAGUGUUAAAUAAAACCUGAAAUCUCUCUAUUUUACUAGAAUCGAGCAUGAAAAAUGCUCAUUUGUAGCUUAUCAUUAUUGUUAGCUAUAGUGCCAAAGUAUAGAAGGGGUGUCCAGUAGUAUUGACUUGCUAGGUAUUGGAAAGUAGAUCCUGAUUGUGUAUCUCUGAACCUAGUGUACUGUACCAAAUAUUUUGUUUGAAGAAAUGUUUCAUGAACGGUUACACUUCUUUUGACUGACAUGAAUUUUAAAUAGUUUGUAGUUUUGAUUCCAACCAGUUUUAUGUUCAUAUGGGAAUGGUAGGGCGAAUUUGGUUCCUCAUGUCAUAAAGGGAGCAAUUCUGUACCACUGUACCUGUAGAUUUAGAGUAAAACCCAAAGAAAACUAGAAAGGGGGAGGGGAAGAUUAUGUGUUAGACAUAUUUCAUUUCAGAAUUUAAUUAAAUAGAGCUCUUUUUCCCAUUUACAAUUAUAAUGUAAUGUUUAAAUGCCGGCAAUAUUAGUUCAUUUUUUUGUUACUGGGUGUUUGGGUGACUAGUCAUAUUCAAAAUUAAACUUAAAAUUAAUUUCUACAGUUUCUAGGUAUGUUUUCACCUCAGAUGCUGGUAUUUGUUGUACUUGAAAACUGACUCACUAACAUGACAUUUUUUUUGUGUACAAACUCAGCUUUUUAUUUUGUGUAAGCUAUUUUACUGUUGUAUGUAAUCUGUUCUCAGACACUCUUGUGUCAAGUGUCACAAACUAAAGAGGCUACACUAAAGUUAAGAUUCUUGUUUGAAAACUGGAAGAAAUUAUUUAGGUAGAUCAGUGUAUUUUUGUUUGGAUAGUUUUAAAACCCCCACUAGAUUAUUUGAAUUAGUUUUUUGUUUUUGUAUUGUGUUUUAUGCUUUGAUUAUGUUUUUCUCACAAUUUUAAUGUACCCACUCUCACUGUGAGUUAUUUAUUUGCUCGUUUUGGUCUUGGUGCACUCUCAAAUUGUGUGACUUAGUCAUGAAAAAUUAAUUUUUCCGUAUAUAUUAUUAAAAUGUGAUCAACACAGCUCAAAUUGCUUUCAGGAAGAGAGCUUGAAUUUGCUCAUUGUCUGUGAUGUUAAGAAUGCCAUUGUACCUUCUCUUUCAAUUACGUGUUAAGGAACUGUUUUUAGGUGAUCGGCAUGUCAGUCUGAAUGUUAACUCUUAGAUUAUUGUAAUUCCCAACUAAGGCCUACUAUAUUUUUUGCAAUUCCAUUUUCUGAAAGAAGUGUUUGAACUCAAAUUUGCAAGCACGGUGUUGUAUGUUUAUAUCUGGUUUUGAAUUUUCUGUAAGAAAAGUUUAACUUGCUGCAUGCUGAUUUUCCAGAUAUCAUAGCUAAUUGAUCUGUUUUGUUGGUAGUCUUAACAGAAUGUCUUCCCCAGAUACUGGGACCAUAUCAAGUCUUUUAAUUUCCAUUUUGAUUUUUCUCCUUUGUAGAAAUUGUCAUGUUUUCAUACUGCACUUGAAUCAAGAAAGAGGUCAUUUUAAAAGGUAUGCUCCAGCUGUAUUUCUCCUGACUUUCAACUACCGAGUUCUACAUGGAGAAUACAUAUUGUAUUAGUAGAGACUUUGCCUACCUUUAAUAACAUUCCCUUCAUAGUAAUUAAUUCCUGUUUUGCUGUGACUGAUAUUCAAAAAGAAACUUUCCUAUAUUUGAGGGAAGAUUUUCUGUGAAAUGAUUUACCAUACUGAGGAUAAAAUAAAAAGAGAAAUGAAAAAGUA